AUUGCAUCUCCCUGAUUUCAUCUCCACUUUCCCUUUUCCUUCCUUGCGCCAUCUUGAAACCUUCUCUUGUUCCUCUGGACCCUUUCAAUUUCCAUCUCUUCCCUUCUAUCUAGCAACAAUUCUGUAGCUGAUUCAUCAUUGGAUCGCAGCCUGUUCUUUCUAGGGUUUUGAAUUGAAUUGAAUUGAUUGGGUUAUAUUAGCACAUCUAUUAAUGGUGGUCCUGGAUGUUUGAUGUUGCGAUGUCCUGACCCAUCCUGUUGUGCUGCUGUUGGUCAAGAUAUGAUUAAUGUCUUGGCUUCUGAUGAGGACAGGGAGAAGUACUCCCGUUACUUCAUUAGAUCUUAUAUUGAGGAUAAUAGGAAGACAAAAUGGUGUCCUGCACCAGGCUGUGAUUAUGCUGUGGAUUUUAUUGUGGGUAGUGAAAGCUAUGAUGUUACUUGUCGCUGCUCAUACAGCUUUUGCUGGAAUUGCACUGAGGAAGCUCAUCGACCUGUUGACUGUGGCACUGUGGCCAAGUGGAUAUUGAUAAACAGUGCAGAAUCUGAAAAUAAGAAUUGGAUAUUGGCUAAUUCCAAACCAUGUCCGAAGUGUAAGCGUCCAAUUGAGAAGAACCAGGGUUGUAUGCAUAUUACAUGCACACCACCCUGUAAAUUUGAGUUUUGUUGGAUUUUAGCUAAUUCCAAGCGAUGUCCAAAGUGCAAGCGCCCAAUUGAGAAGAACCAGGGUUGUAUGCAUAUGACGUGCACACCACCAUGUAAAUUUGAAUUUUGUUGGCUUUGCCUUGGUGCAUGGUCAGAGCAUGGUAAGAGAACUGGUGGUUUUAAUGCUUGCAACCGUUAUGAGACAGCAAAACAAGAGGGAGUGUAUGAUGAAACUGAAAAGCGAAGAGAGAUGGCUAAAAACUCCCUAGAAAGAUAUACUCAUUUCUAUGAACGGUGGGCAACUAAUCAAUCGAUUGUUAAUGCAUUUAUGCUAAUGCAGCUUGCAAAGCUCAGUGACAUACAGAUGGAACCUCUGUCACUGUUGAAUUUCAUCACUGAAGCCUGGCAACAGAUUGUUGAAUGUAGGAGAGUUCUAAAAUGGACAUAUGUCUAUGGAUAUAAUUUACCCGAGCAUGACCAUGCAAAAAAGCAGUUCUUCGAAUACCUGCAAGGUGAGGCUGAGUCUGGAUUAAAACGGCUUCAUCACUGUGCAGAGGUGGGGUUGCAAGUUUUCCUCUAUGCAGAAGGCCAGUCAAAAGAGGAGUUCAUUGAAUUUCGCCAAAAACUUGCAGGACUAACGAGUGUGACACGGAAUUACUUCGAGAAUUUAGUUCGAGCUCUUGAGAAUGGUCUUUCAGAUGUGGACUCCCAUGGUAGUAGCGGAUCAGGUAGCUCCAAUAACACAGGAAGUGGGAGCGGUAAGGAAAGAGGUGGGAAGGGCGAAGGUUCAACAUCAAGAUCAUGUGCUAGCAGAAAUAUUAAUGAUGCAGACUACUGGUCCUGUGAACAUUGCACCUUUGCAAAUGUCAACUCAGCCACCACUUGCCAGAUGUGUGAGCGACAGAGGUAAAUCUCAAGCCCUGCGCUUUUGAUGCUAAGUUUGAUGGCUAAGAACUUUUGUGUGUCAGCAGGAGAGCGAACUGUUUUCCCAAUCCACCAUUCCAACGACAGAUGGUAUCUAUUGGCCGCAGCAAAAACUGAAAUAAGCAAAACCUUUUUACCUUGGCAUCAACUUUCCUGAGGUGCUUAUGCAUGUGUAAUUGGCCUUAACUGCUGAUUGCUGAGGUGUUUUCUCAGGAAAAGGUACCUUGUGUAACAUGUAUAUAUAUACAUGUAUAUAUACAAGGAAAAGCACCUGGAUUCAAUCUUCAGCUGGAACUGAAUCUUUGAAUGGUGCUCUCAAUUGUGUAAACCGCACACACACACACACACACACAAAAUGCUCUGUAAAAAUUCAAAGACUAACGUCAAGCCCUAAACCCGCAAUUCAUGAAUGAAGUCCAUUGAUAUUC